UUCUCUCUCUCUCUCUCUCCACAAACACACACAUUCACGCGCACGCACCCCCCGCUCCCCCGCUCCUUCUCUCUCCGGAUCCCAUGCAGAGGCGCAGAUCCGCCACGAGUCCCCACCCUCGCGGGCUUGCCGAAAGCAACACAAGAUAACUAUCAGCGAGCCCAUAAUAAUCACCUGGAAGAGUGCAUCCUUGCUGCAGCGGAUCGUGUCAAGAGAUUCGCGGGCUAUCGUCAUCUCAGUCUCUCGUUAUCAGUUGUAGAUCCUGCUCACUUCUGUGCUUCAGGGACGGGUCAGAUAUGAUACCUUAAGAGAUACCUCGGAUCCGGUCGUGAAUGAUAGUUUCUCUUUUGAUCGUUUCGUAGUUGCUUACCCAAAUGGCAGAGCACGGCUUUGGGAGGAGACGGGGCUCCCCGGGUCGCUGUCGUGCGGUGGCAUCUGUUUAAACUUUUAAAGAUCAGCACAUGUCAUCUUCAUCAAGACUCAUGGAACCCCGAAGCGUAUGAAGACGAGAAGUGGCUGCUUCCAAUUUCAUCAGCUUUGAAAAUGACGCCCAUAAUAUGCGAAGUCAGUGGAUCCAUCGUCUUGCUCUUCUGGCUGGCGGGCGGGGUCCAGGUCGAUGGGUGCCCAGUGAAGUGCAGCUGCUACAGGGAGCCGCGCCUUACCAUGGCCUGCCAGCAGCGGGGUCUCGCCGCCGUGCCCACCGAGAUCCCAGGCCACGUCCAGCGCAUCUUCCUCCAGAUCAACAAGCUGACGGAGGUCCGCUCCACCGCCUUCAGCCUGUGCAGGAACCUCACCGUUCUCUGGCUCUACUCCAACAACAUCAGGCACAUCGAGGCCGGAGCCUUUUACGGUCUGGAGCGCCUCGAGGAACUGGAUAUCGGAGAUAACGGCGACCUGCGGAGCAUCAGCUCCACUGCCUUCAGCGGCUUGUCCACGCUCCAGACCUUGCACCUGCACCGCUGUGGGCUGUCGGAGCUCCCAUACGGCGUCUUUAUGGGUCUGUCUUCCCUUCAGUAUCUUUACCUCCAGGACAACAACCUCUUAGCUAUACAUGAAGACACCUUCCUGGAUCUGGCCAAUUUAGCUGUGUUGCACCUGCACAAUAACAAGAUCAAGACCGUGUCGGACUACAUGUUCCGCGGGCUGUUGAGCCUAGAUAGCUUGCUCUUGCACCAGAAUCGUGUUAGUGUGGUGCACCGACAGGCCUUCCAUGACCUAGGCAGGCUAGCCACUCUCUUCCUGUUUCACAACAACCUGACAGCGCUGAGCGGGGAAACCAUGGAGCCGCUCGCGUCUCUCCGGUACUUGCGUCUCAACGGGAACCAGUGGAUCUGCGAUUGCCGGGCCAAAACGCUCUGGGACUGGUUCAAGACCUUCAAGGGGUCAAGCUCAGAGCUCGAGUGUCACGUCCCCGAGCGCCUUUUUGGAAAAGAUCUGAAAAGGUUAAAGAGCGGCGACCUGGAGGGGUGUUAUGACAGCCAUCGGCACACGUGGACCAGCUUGUUGAACAGCAGAAGCAGUCGGUACGGGAGACUCUUUAGCACAGAGAGUCCACUGGGGGCAGUGAUUCCCACAUGCUGCCUCACAAACACGGACAAGUCCUCAAUCCUCUCCGACAAGGGGCUCCCAGAUCUUUCCUCCUACAACAGCCAACAGAUCACAAAGACCCCCUUGAAGGAGAAAGAAAACAUUUCUAAAACGAAGGGCCUGGAACCAGGCAUCUCAAAGAACGGCACUCAUAAAAUAAGCCCGGGGGAUUCGUCUGGGACGUUGAAUCACCCCCAGGGCAAACACAAGCGUGACUUCACUAAGGAACAGAACUCAGAUAACCCACUACAGAAAAAGUGUUCACAGAAUCUCAAGCCAGAAGGCGGGUGUCUCAUAGAUAGUGGAUCGACUAUCAAUGUUGUUGAAACUAUGCUGCUUCUGGUAGUCUGGUUAUUUUGGUCAUUGUGAUCAUUUAUUUUAUGAUAUUAUACACAAUUAAAGACUCAGAGAGAGAGAAUGAGAGAGAGAGAAAGAGAGUGAGAGAGAGAUAGAGAGAGAGAGAGAGAGAGAGAGAGAGAGAGAGAGAGAGAGAGAGAGAAGGUGGCAGGGAGUACUUUUACCAGGAUAGAGCUGAGUGUUGAUGUUUUUAUCUACAGUGUCAGCUGUAGUGUUUAUCCAUCCAGUGGUUUAGUGCUGUAUCUACGUGUUCUUCUUCAGCACUGAGGGAAGGGUCGGGAUUCUGAAGCUUAACCUGCCGUAACGUAACACUUCCAGUCCCUCUCAGCUCAUCUCAAGGUCACAUGACACACCUUGAGUACUGGGAAUAUUUCAACAUCUACUUGGCUACCCCAAAGAUUAGAGGCUAUGAUUUACUAAACCCUUUAUGGUGUAUGAGCCAGAGGGAGACAACACUACCACUUGGGGGGCAAACACUCACUUUAUUUUUAUGAAAGCUAAUGUAUCUCUGGAGUAUAUUUCUGCAUAAUACCAACUUGAUCCGGUAGCAUUGUGAUUUCUACAGUCUUCUAAGGACACCUCCUGUUGGGACAUUCCAAGUCAAAUUAACCAAUUUUUUUUCUGGUGGAAGAUGAGAGAUUAUGAUCUGAAUGAUGACAGAUUGUGAUUUGAUAUGAAUUCCAUGUAUUAGGCCCAUGGGGGAGUUAUUUAUUAAGUUACAGACACUUUUAUGUUGUGCACCUAUAAUUUUGCUAAUAGGGACAGAUUUAUACUUGGUCUACAAGGUUCUGGUCAGUGCGGCAGGAUCUGUGUCAGAUACAGCCCUUCAAAAACAGAAAAUCUGCUAUCAUGCAGAAAUAUACUGCAGAGAUACAUUUUGCUUUUAGUAAAAUGUAGUGAGCUUUGGCUCAUACACUGUUAGACCAUAAAAAUGUUCUAGCAAGUGCAAAACCAAUUACAUGAUUCCUGACUACUCACACAGAGAUUGUCUUGCACCAAUAAAUAGUAUGUGUUUAGUGUUGGUUUUGCAUGGGCUGAACAGUUCUGAACCUUACAAAAGCCUUAAGUAAAUCAGGACCAGAACAAUAGUUUUAUGCAUAUUUUGCUACCAUGUCAGAGUUAUUUUAUUGACACGUGUACUUAUAUGUACAUAUAUGCUUAUUGUAAUCGUUGAUGUAAGCAUCACAUUGUGGUUAUAGAUACAGGUUAAAAAUGCAGUCACCUGUAUGUACAUGCUAUGUUGUCAUUUUACCUGUACAUAACGUGAAUAUAAAUGUAUCAUACAUUUUGUUUUCUUACAAAAGAAAUUAAAUGAAAAUGACAGCUGACAGAAUUGCUCGUUAAAUGCUAUUUUCAGUGAACAUCAAAUAAAGAGCAAAAAGUGCUAGAA